UCAGGCCAGAAAAAGAGGAAAUCCCAUUAGACUUCACAGGCACUCAGCUCAGCACUUCUCAAGACUCACGGUGGAGUAGCCUUUGAUCCAGCUCACAUUGGGGCUAUGGAUUGAGAAAUUCAUUCUCAGCAGCAAUCCAUCGGCAAAUCACGAUGAAAAAAAUUGUAAACAUCAUCAAAGAGAGCCAGAUUAUUAUGCUAGACUAAAUACUGAAAAGAAAGGAAAAUAUGAUAUUUGAAAAAUCUAGAAAACAGGAGAAGACGAAAACAAUCAGACAGUCAUAAACCAGAUGAAAAAAAUUGUAAAUGUUGUCAAAGAGAGCCAGAUUAUUAUGCUAGACUAAGUACUGAAAGAAAGAAAGGAAGAAGGAUAUUUGAAAAAUCUAGAAUACAGGAGAAGACGAAAACAAUCAGACUGUUAUAAACCAGUAUAAUCUGCUGUGAACAUAAUUUGAUCAGGAAUCAAUAGUGCAGUUUGUGACAUGGGAAAGUCCAGUGCUGAUGAAAAGAUUCUCAGUUACAAUGAUGUUGUACUCAGGCGAUCUGAUUUGGACAUCCUCAGUGGCCCAUAUUUUCUGAACGAUCGUAUUAUUGAGUUUUACUUCAGCCAUCUUACUUUUUGCCAUUCUUCUGAUGAUAUCCUCUUUGUUCCACCCUCAAUCUCUUUCUGGAUAAUGAACUGUCCAGAUAGUGGGAGCCUCAAAGAUUUUCUUGCGCCUCUCAAUCUAUCCAGCAAGAAAUUGGUAAUUUUUCCUGUCAAUGAUAAUGAUGACGUGACUGAAGCAGAAGGGGGAACUCACUGGAGCUUGCUUGCAUUUGGGAGAGAUGCCAGCAAAUUUGUGCAUCAUGACAGCUACAGAGGAUGCAACAAUAGGCAUGCCAGAAAGCUUUAUGAAACCGUUGCUCGAUUCAUGGGCACCUCUAAUUCAGCAUCCUAUGAUGGUUACCUAGACUGCCCUGAAUCUCCGCAGCAAGUGAAUAGUUAUGAUUGUGGUUUGUAUGUCACGGCCAUUGCACGAGUCAUAUGCUGCUGGUACAGAAGUGAUGAAUCAAAAGAUGCCAGUGGUUUGUGGUUUUCAGUGAUGAAGGAGCAGGUCACUCCAUCUACUGUUGCUGAGAUGCGAAGAGAGAUUCUUGGGCUGAUUAAGGGUUUGAUGUCCUCGCAGGGAUCUUCCGUUUACAUAAAUGAGUGAGUUUUAAAAUGAAUGCAAAGUUGAAGGGGCGAGCAGAAUUCUCUCUUUCAACGAGAUGAACACCACGCAUUUUGGGUUGACAACAAUCUAUUGAGUUUUGAAGCUUCAGAAGACAUGGCAUGGAAAAAAACAAAAACAAGCACGAGAACAUCUUUGACAGUCCCAUCUUGUACAUAAAAGCUUUGCUCUAUAUUGUACUGCGCGACUUGUAUAAGAGAUGGCAUAGAUCUUGAAAAGCUCAAGUGAAGAGAUUACCCAGAUGGGUAGGCGUAGGUCUAGUUUGGAUCAUCCACAAUUGUUGAAAAGCAUCUAAAAGUUUAUGGUUCAAAAAGCAUCUAGAUUGGAGUGACCAAAACCAGGUUUUUGGCUUGAAACUACCUUUAACAUGAAAUUUUUUAUUGUAAUAAUUGAGAUGCUUCCAAGAAAAAAAUUGUAGUUUGCUUGUGA